GUGUCCUUGCAAACCUUGUGAAUGGGUGCCUGCAGGUGCUGGGACCUGGUGUCCCCUCCAAGAGCUCUGUCCACUCUGGGUUCCAUGGCGUGGUCUGAGCCUGGUAGGCGGCACACCCUUGGAGGAUCUGGGAAAGCCAUGAACUAGUGCCCCCCAAACUGUAUACACAAAUGAAAUUUCCCAUGUGAUGUUUAUGCGGUUCUCAGGCCCCCAGACAGCCAGGACCUAAAAGUGGUUCUUAAUGGCAGUAAUGCCCACAUCAGGAACAAGUGUUCCCCUCCCGCCCUGCAGCACGGGCAGCAGCGGGGGCUGGGGAGCUGUGCCGCAGCCCCACGCAGGCCACAUCUGGCCUGUCAUCUUCAUCUCCCAAUGAGGAAACUGAGACAUUGAGAGGAAGGCGCCCUUCGAGAUGGCAGGAACAGUCUCCCCCAGGCCCCCACCAUGCGGACCUCCCAGCCUCCUCCCCUUGCCGUGCUCCGGAGCCUGACCUCGGCCCCAACAUUACCGCCCUCUCUGUUGUCCCGUCCCCCCCCCCCCCCCCCCCCCCUCUGUUGUCCCGUCCCCACCCUCCCCGCCUCCCUCUCUAGGAAUCCCUGGGGUGUGGGGUCUUCAUCCCACACCGCCCUGUCCCUGUGUCCACCCUGCCCACCCCACCUCUGAGCCACUUGGUUGGGGUGUCCUCUGCCGAGGCUUGGGUUAGUUACGGGGGCCUGCGGGCAGGCUCUCUCUCCUCCCCAUCCUCAGUUUCCACCUCCGUGGAGUGGGUCCUGGGGCAGUCAUGGGAUGGAGCGGGUGCUGUGCCUGGCUGGCCUGGCAGGGGCAUGCAUGCCCAGUGGCGGGCACAGCUCCUUGUGUGGUCCUGGUGCCCCAAGCUCAGAGCCCACCCGUAGCAUGGACCUGGGCAAUCAGUAGCUGUCUCAUUCUGUCACCUGGGAAAUGGCUGCUUGUCCUGCGUCACUUGAUCAUCUCUGAGAGGACAGCAGGUGGAUUGGUUGUAUCCUAACCCUGGUGAGGCCCUGGCCUCUAGACGAGCCUCCCUGUGACAACAGGUCCACCAGGGCCGGGACUCAGCCCCCGUGCCAGAGAGCGGCUUGAUGAGAUUCCCAGUUGCUGAGCGCACACUGGGGAGCUGCCUGGCAGUGCCCAGGGCAGACGUGGGUGGAUUUGUGGGUGCGGAGGAGCCUGCCUUACCUGCCCAGGAGCCCACGGACUCACAUACUGAUGAGUCUCCGUUCCGGGGAAGGUUGCGUUUCUCUGGCUGUGAGCAAGUUGACCGUCGCGUCUGUGGCUCCCUAGACAGGCUGGGGCCUCAGGGCCCAGAUCAGCCUGGCUGCGUCAUCCCUGGGAGCACAGACCUGGAUGUGGAGUCUGGAAGCUCCAAGCUCCCUGACCUUCAUCCCUGUGGCCUGGAAGGGGAGGGGAAAAGAGUCACAUGACCAGGGUUCCUCCUGCAUUGAGCCCCCAGACCCAAGAGCCUCAAUCCACCCUCCCGUCCCCCCCCCUCCCCCCCCCUGACCUCCCCUGCCCUCCCUUGCCCUGUCCUCCCCUCCCCUCCCCUCUCCUCUUCUCCCUUCCCCUGCCCUGCCCUCCCUGCUCCUGGGGCCCAGCGAGGACCCCGUGGGUCACGUUGGGGGACAUUGGUUAUCGCCCUCACGAUUGCUCUGAAUAUAAGAAAAACCUCCUGCUGGGAACACGAGCUGGCCUGUGCUCCAGGGCGAGAAGAGGGGCCCCGAGUGCCUGGCCGCCGGCUCCAUCAUCAUGAACCGGGAGCUGGAGAGCAUGGCCAUGCGCCCGCUGGCCAAGGAGCUGACGCGCAGCCUGGAGGACGUGCGGGGCGCCCUCCGCGACCAGGCGCUGCGGGACCUGAACACCUACACGGAGAAGAUGAGGGAGGCGCUGAGGCACUUCGACGUCCUGUUCGCCGAGUUCGAGCUCAGCUACGUCUCGGCCAUGGUGCCCGUGAAGUCCCCCAGGGAGUACUAUGUGCAGCAGGAGGUCAUCGUGCUCUUCUGCGAGACGGUGGAGAGGUGGGCAGAGGAUAGAGGCCGCCCCUGCCUUCACCUCUGCCCGGCCCCCUUCCACCGCCCCAUGGUCACUUUUCUGUCGGCCAGAAGGGCAGAUCCUGCAGGUGAAGUCACGUGUCAGAGGACAAAAGCUGGAAGUCUCAGGGCCCUCGACUUCGGGUACCUGACCCAGGACAUGAUUGAUGACUACGAGCCUGCCCUCAUGUUCAGCAUCCCCAGACUGGCCAUCGUGUGUGGCCUCGUGGUCUAUGCGGAUGGACCCCUGAACUUGGACCGCAAGGCGGAAGACAUGUCCGAGCUGUUCCGGCCCUUCCACACGUUACUGCGGAAAAUAAGGGAUUUGCUGCAGACACUGACAGAGGAGGAGCUGCACACGCUGGAACGGAACCUCUGCAUUUCCCAAGACGUGGAGUUCCCCAUCCGCGCAGAUGUGCAGGGACCCGCUGCGCUGACUCCUGCCCUCUCUGCCCCUCUCCCCCCUGAGGGGCCGCUCUCAGUCAAGGCCAAAGACCCGGACGCAGAGCUGGCCUGCUCCAUGCAGUACGACGACCAGGAGCUGGAGCAGCUCAGCCGCAUGGUCCACAGAGCGGGGGAUGAGAUGUCCUCUCUGCUGUCACCGCCCAGCGCCUGCCAGUCCCCCGCGCACAGGCCAGGAGCAGAGGGCAGCCCAGGCGGGGAGGCCUCUCCAGGCAGAGCGCACCUGCGGUCGGGCAGUGACGAGGAGGAGCGUGUGUUCUUCAUGGAUGACGUGGAGGGGAUGGCAGAAGCCCUGGCCAGGCCCGAGUCCCCAGGUGGCCCAUUUGGGUGGGCAGGCAGUACUCGGGCCGACCCCCAGGAGAAAGGGCAGGGUGGGCCAGGCGGAGCAGCGGGAGUCAGCGUGCCCGCCUCGGAAAAGGAGGAGGACUUGAGCAACAACAACACCACCGAGGCCGAGGGCACGGGCGGGGCCAGCCUCGCAGGCACCAGCUCCUGCAGCUGCCUGGACUCGCGGCUGCAGCUGGACGGCUGGGAGGUGGGUGCGGACGACGCAGAGACGGCCGAGAUGAUCGCCCACCGAACGGGGGGCAUGAAGCUCUCAGCCACGGUCAUCUUCAACCCCAAAUCUCCCACUUCCCUGGACUCUGCUGUCGCCACCCAGGAGGCCGCCUCGGAGCCCGUGGCCGAGGGGAUGGAUGGUGGCCCCCACGAGCUUAGCACUGCGGCCACCAACUGCCUGUUGCACUCCUGCGUGUGCUGUGGGAGCUGUGGGGACAGCAGGGAGGAUGUGGUGGAGCGUCUGCGGGAGAAGUGCAGCCCGGGAGGCGUCAUUGGCGCCUCAUACGCUGCCAGCUUAGCCAAGGCCAGCGACAGGGCCGCUGAGAGACAGGACGAGGCGCCCCCGCCCUCAGAAGAUGCCUCCGACGGGCGGGAGCGCAAAGCCCCCACUUCCAACAAGUGCCUGCCUCACACCUCAGGUUCCCAGGUGGACACAGCGAGUGGGCUGCAAGGAGAGGCCGGGGUUGCAGGUCAGCAAGAGCCAGAGGUCAGAGAGCUGGAUGCUGGGAGCCCCUCGGCGCAUGAGGCACCUCAGCCCCUGUCGGGCUCCAGCAGCUCCGCGGCUGGGUCCUGCUCCUCAGACAAGACAGGGCCAGAGGUGGCCCCAGCAGCCACGCAUGUCGCUCCACAGGCCACAAGAGAGAAGAUCCGGUCCAGGUUCCACGGCAGCCACGACCUCAUCCACCGCCUGUUCGUCUGCAUUUCAGGUGUGGCUGACCAGCUACAGACGAACUAUGCCAGUGACCUGAGAAGUAUUCUUAAAACACUGUUUGAGGUCAUGGCCACCAAGCCCGAAACAGACGACAAGGAAAAGUUAAGGAAGGUCACCCAGACUCUGCGGAGUGCGGCCUUGGAGGACUGUGCACUGUGCCAGGAGACCCUGUCAUCCUCUGAACUGGCAGCCAAGACCCGCGACGGGGACUUUGAAGACCCCCCGGAGUGGGUGCCAGAUGAGGCCUGUGGCUUCUGCAUGGCGUGCAAAGCGCCCUUCACCGUCAUCCGCCGGAAGCACCACUGCCGCAGCUGCGGGAAGAUCUUCUGCUCGCGCUGCUCCUCGCACUCAGCACCACUGCCCCGCUACGGGCAGGUGAAGCCGGUCCGAGUGUGCACCCACUGCUACAUGUUCCACGUCACGCCCUUCUACAGCGACAAGGCCGGCCUGUGACGUGGCGCCAGGGGCAGCCCCAACCCACCAGGGCCAGGAACCCCCAGGAAGGUGGGGCCAUGCUGCAGGCGAUCGCACUGACUCUCAUGAGGCUGCUGUGCCUGCUGCUGCAGGGCCGCCCAGACCUCUAGGACAUCCAGAGCCUCUGUCUCGCCCAUCGUGGCCUCCGCGCAGGGACCCCGGGCCGCAGGGGCCAACAGGAGGUCAGCUUUGCCCAGCAGGGGACCCGGAGGAGCCUGGUAGCUGCCUCAGGGCAGGGUGCCUGGCAGAGAAGGGCUAGGCCCUCCCACUGGUCCCUUGGAGCUCCGCUGGGGCUAUGGGAAUCGGGGUGGGUGACAGCUGUACAAGAGUAGGGCCACUCUGCCGCCUCUGCUGUUGUGGUGAAUCUGGAAGCCAGAGCAAGGGUCACUGCACAGGCUCUGCGGCACAGCAGGGCUCCCCAUGUGCCUCCCAAACCCAAAAUGCAGGCUGCCCAUUCUCCCCAACAGCUGCCCACCUCGUUCCCCAGCCCUCACCCCUCACCAUCCUUCCUCAGGACUUCCUCAGGACUAGACAACAUGCAUCUCAUUUCUUCUUGGAGUGGGGAGAUGCGGGAAGCUGACCUAGUGGUCCUCUAAGCGGGCAGGGUGCUCCUGGUGUCUGCUCACCACUGUCCCCCUGCUGACGGCGUGGGGGUCUGACCAGGCACUGACACCACAGGCAGACGUUGCUCGGGGCCUUGGUUCGGGCUUACCAGUCAGCCAGGACGCCUGGGGCCGCCAUCUCAGCCACCACUUCCCCUUCCCUCUGCACCCUCCGGAACCCUGGCCCAAUUCCUCAGACCCCAAAGUGGCCUGGGACCCAAGCUGCCGCAGCUGAGUGGCCCCAGCAGACACCUCCUCAGGCUUAAAUCUCAGGCUUCACAUUGCAAUGACGAUUGCAGUUUUAUUUUUGGAGAUGACACACCUACUGCUUCUUUUCUAGGAUAAAAUCUAAUGACUAUUUACCGGUGGAGUACACAUGCAUAGAAAUGGCUUCUGUCGGGGGGAGAGUAUAUAAUGGAAGAAAUAUUAUGUACUGAGAUUAUAUUUAUUUUCUAAAUGCUGUAAUUUGAAGCCAUUUCCAUAAAUCUAUUUAAGGAUGGCA